AUGAUACAUAGUGAUAGAUCGGCCUGUCAUCUUCCAGCUCAAUUUACAAUAGUGAUAGUCACAACCUUGUUCUUUAAAGAUAGCGAAAUAACUCAUUGGAACUUGUAUGAUUUUUUACUCUAUAGAAUCAAACAACAGGACUUUAAGAUCGUUUCUCAGUUGGAAAGCAGUUAUUAUCUAAGUUUUUUAAAAUAUUUUAAAAAUGAGCACCAUGAAGAAAGCGAAUUUCUUAUAAAGCAAUAUAAGAUCUCUAUUGCCGAAAAUUUUAACAAAUUAGAAAAAUUAAUAAAUGAACUUUCAAGAAAAAAGCAAGAAUGGAUAGCCAAAAAUGUUAAUGUUGAUUUUGAUACCUUGGAAAUAAGUGAAGCUGCCAAAAAACUUGUGCUUUCACAAACUAUUACCACAUCAACUCCGUCAUCAUCACUAUCAAAGAGGGCCAAGGAAACCUUAAGAGAAAUAAAUUCUUUAUUCCCAAAUGAACAAGUUUUUGUCAUAGAUAAUGCUAUUCUUCUUACUCCGAAACGUGUGCCAAUUAGCACUAAUAAUGACGAUUUAAUUCCUGACAUUCAAAUUUAA